AUGUCGUCCCUCGAAAAGGACAACAACGGUGAGCCCCGAUUCCCUGGCUGCUCUAACAUUCGAGAUUUUGAAUUCAUCGGCAAGCUUGGAGAGGGGACUUUCGGUGAGGUGUACAAAGCAAGGUCCAAGAAGGACAACUCGGUCCUGGCCUUGAAGAAGAUUCUCAUGCACCAUGAGAAAGAAGGCUUUCCGAUUACCGCAAUUCGAGAGAUCAAGAUUUUGAAGGUGCUUUCUCAUCCAAAUGUCUUGCAGCUCAAAGAGAUGGCUGUUGAGCGGAGCAAGGGCGAGGGACGGAAGAAACCCAGCAUGUACAUGGUUACCCCAUAUAUGGAGCAUGAUCUUUCUGGGCUUCUAGAGAACCCAUCGGUGCACUUUACCGAGCCUCAGAUCAAAUGUUAUUUGAUGCAGCUUCUUGAAGGUCUUCGUUACCUACAUGCGAGUCGUAUUUUGCACCGUGACAUGAAAGCUGCCAAUCUUCUUAUCAGUAAUGGUGGAAUCCUCCAGAUUGCCGACUUUGGGCUUGCACGACCCUUCGAUGAACCCCCCCCGCAGCCUGGAAAGGGUGGGGGCGAAGCAAAACGAGAAUACACAGCCCUGGUUGUGACCCGAUGGUAUCGCCCACCAGAGUUGCUGCUGUCGCUCCGGAAAUACACGACUGCCGUUGACAUGUGGGGUGUAGGGUGUGUUUUCGGUGAGAUGUUCAAAGGAAAGCCCAUCCUUUCGGGCAGUAGCGAUCUUAAUCAAGCACAGCUCAUCUUCAAUCUUGUGGGGACCCCAAAUGACGAGAACAUGCCCGGGUGGAGUUCUCUGCCUGGUUGUGAGGGAGUCAAGAACUUUGGUUUCAAGCGUGGAAACCUUGCCGAUGUCUUUAAAGAUCAACACCCUGCUGCUGUCUCGCUACUCACCGAGCUUCUCAAGCUUGACUGGCGGAAACGUAUCAACGCCAUCGACGCAUUGAAACAUCCCUAUUUCACCACCCCGCCACUUCCCGCACGCCCUGGGGAGAUCCCCGCCUUCCAGGAUUCCCACGAGCUGGAUCGAAAGAAGUUCCGCGGCCAACGGGUCCCCGUCCCCGCAGCUCCUGGGGGCAACGCUGGUGAUGCCUCUUCCAAUGGAGCCUGGACCGGCCCCGGUUCUCGACCAGAUUCUCGAAGCAGAAUUCCAGGGGCCGCUCGAGGUGGUCGACCUAACGGACCACCUGGUAUGUCAGGCAACUCCAAUCGACGUGGUCCAUUCCCUUCGUCCCAGCGAGAUAGCGGGCUUCCUCCACGGCCUCCUGUGUCUUCUCACCAACAGUGGGAUGGUGCGCAAGCCGGAUGGACCGAUGAAUCACGACGGGAUCGGUUUCCCCAAGGCCGUCCAGGUGGUAGGUUCUCUAGCAGUAUUGACUCUUAUGUCCCAAACUAUGGACAAGCUCCCGAAAACCCAUCCCAAAACGCGGAUCGGCGUGGAGGGAACCGGCGUGACUAUCGUCGUGAGCCAGCUCGAAGAAGAAGUCGGAGUCCCAAUUUCCGAGGACCUGGGUAG